AUGUCGUCCACUGGUGCUCUGAGUAACUGCUAUGUGGACUCUGUGAUGGUGCACGAGCCGGAGGACGUGUACGGAGGAGUGCGCUUUCUCCCCGCUCCUCACACGGUGACCCCGAGGCCACCAGGUGCCGCCGGGGACUCAGAAGGAUUCUCUUCUUGCAAUUUUGCACAAAAGCCCGGUGUGUUUCCGUCGUCCUGGUCCUCUGUCCACACACAGGGGCUCUACCAUCCGUAUGUGCAUCACCCCCAGCCGCACCUUCCUGCGCCAGACGCCAGAUAUGUCGGCGUCCGCUCCUGGCUGGAGCCCGUGUCUAAUCACGUCCCCUUCGCUGGAUUCAAUUCGAGUAGCCGUCGCUUUGGGACUAAACAGGAGCCCGUUCCUCCGAAAGCCACUGAAAGAGACGCUCCGGACCAGGACAGCUCUGAGUUCACUCCGUGCGCAGCGCCGGAGUGUCCAGAAAACACAAGCAAAGAGCGGAGUGCAAGCGAGCUAUCGAGCCCCAGCAGCGAUCCCAAAGACGAGAAACAACAACAACUUGACCCAAGAAAUCCAGCAGCAAAUUGGAUCCACGCUCGCUCCACAAGAAAGAAGCGCUGCCCUUACACAAAGUAUCAAACUUUGGAGCUGGAAAAGGAGUUUCUCUACAACAUGUACUUGACCAGAGACCGCAGAUAUGAAGUGGCCCGCAUUCUAAGUUUAACAGAGAGACAGGACGUGUUGGAGCGCGACGAGACAUUUUUCUAUAUUUCAUCUGCUGCAGUGGCGCCUCUUCGAAGCCUCAACAUCAAAGAUCAAAGAACAAACAUGGAUUACUCGUUGGAUAAUUCAGACGGCGCUGUUGUCCAAGACAAGAACUCUCUGCAGCAGGCGGAGCGUGUGUUGCAGAUGGGACAUCUGGGCCUGAGCCAAGUGAGCAUCUAUGGGGCCGUGUGA